AUGUCUAUUGAUAAAGAAACAAAGUACGACAGGCAAUUGAGAUUAUGGGCUACUACGGGUCAGUCCAAUCUCGAAAAAUCACACAUUUGUUUGAUUAAUGCUACAUCUACCGGUUCAGAAAUUUUAAAGAACUUGAUUUUACCAGGUAUUGGAAACUUCACCAUUAUCGACGAUAGAAAAGUCACCAAUGAAAACGUCUCCUCAAACUUUUUCCUUAAGAAGCAGGAUUUACACAAGGAUUUAGCAUCUGCUGUUCAGAAAAACUUGAAUGAAUUAAACACUGAUGUACAUGGGUUUUCAAUCAUUAGAUCUUUGUCAAAUAUUUUGUCAAACGAACCCGACUCGUUCUGGGAUCAAUUUAACGUGGUGAUUGUCAGCGACCACACUGCAAACCUUGAAAAUUUAAUCAACUUACUUUGGGCAAAACAAAUUCCAUUGUUUAUUGUCAACACCAUUGGAUUCUAUGGCUCCUUUAACAUCAUUUCAAGUGAGACCACUGUUAUUGAAACCCAUGAUCCUUCAAAGUUGUAUGAUUUGAGAAUUGACAAACCAUGGCCGGAAUUGCAAGCUUUCGCUGAUUCUUUUGACUUGAAUCUGUUGAGUGAUCAAGAACAUUCACAUGUUCCCUAUAUUGUCAUAUUCAUAAAAGCAUUGGAUAGUUGGAGAUCAACCCAUGGUGGCCAGACCCCAUUGACUUAUUCCGAUAAGAAACAAUUCAGAGCCUAUGUUCAAUCUUUAUCAAGAAAUUUCCAAUUGGAAACCAAUUUUAUUGACGCAGAUGCAGCCCAUUUGCGACCACAUCAAAAAACCGAAAUUCCAGAUUCCAUCAAACAAUUGAUAAAAGUAUGUGAAGAAAGACAAUUGACCCAGAAAACUUCCAUAUUUUGGAUAUUCAUUGCUGCAUUAAAAAAUUUCCUUAUUCAAAAUGAUAACGUAUUACCCUUACCGGGUACUUUACCAGACAUGGCUUCCGAUACUGACAAUUAUGUAAGGUUACAAAAAAUUUAUCAUGAUCGUGCUGUUAGAGACCAGAAAUUGUUCACGGAACAAGUAUACAAAAUUUUAGAAUCAAUAGGUAAAUCAAAAUCCGAAGCUAGCCCUGAAGUUAUUGCUGCCUUCUGCAAAAAUGCAAGAUUAUUAUUUGCAACUGUCGGUUCUAAAGAUUUAAUAAAUUCCAAGCUAGUUGAGAGGUUUAACCUUGAGGGCAUGUUAGAUUUGGAAGAGAAACAUCAAUUGGGAAUUUAUUUGGGUAUCUUGACUUUCAAUUGGUUUAUCGACCAGUAUAAUAAAAAACCAUCAAUUGAUGAUUAUCAACACUUUUUAAAACUAUAUCAUGAGAGAAUCUCGCCAGUCGAGAUUGAUCAAAACACGGAAAACAUAUUUAAGGAGAUUUUAAGUCAUAAUAGCACAAAUUAUCAUAAUUUGAGUAGUUUAAUGGGUGGAAUAGUGAGUCAAGAAGUUCUAAAGUCAACAACGGCUCAGUAUAUUCCACUAGACAAUUUAUUUGUCUUUGAUGGUGUUCAAUCUAAAAGUGAAAGAUUUAAAAUCUAA